AUCGUCAUGGUAUCCGGUUGGUAUUUCAACAAUAUGGACAAAUUGGUGUAUUUGAUUUUAUGGCUUUAUUGACGAAUUUAGUAGCAGCUCUUGCUUUAUUCAAAGUUGCAACUUUCCUUGUUGAAUUAUUAAUGUUGAGAUUUUUGCCUCAAAAGGACCAAUAUGAACAAUUUAAAUUCGAAAAAACUCUUGAUUUUAGUGAUAUACGUAAAGGUACAAGUGAUAAAGGUUCGGUUAAUAGUGCUUAG